UUCGCCUGGGCAGGAAGGGAGUAUAUGUGCCCAGUAAGCAAGUGGUCAGAAUUUGAGAAUUUAUAGGAACUUUGAUCACAGAGAUGAAGCUGACAAUUGUUCAGUGGAAUGUGACACAAAUGUUACCCCAGUCGGAGGAGUAUGAUGUGAUAUCCCGUACGAUUCUCAUGAUUGUGUCUCUUUUUUGCUUCUUCCUCUUCAUUUUCUUCGUUGGAGCUCUUCUCAGCGUUUUCUUCACCACUCCUUACAUCCAGGAGAACGCUCGCUACAUUCUCUUCGCUCAUAUGCUCAUCAAUGACACGUUAUAUCUUACCUUGGGAUUUUUAUUCCUGUUUACCAAUCUAAGCAAUGUAUACUUCCCCACGCCCCUUUGCUGCUUUACUCUUGCCGUUAUUGCAGCUGCCUUUAGAGUUACGCCGUAUAACUUGGCUGUCAUGUCUCUGGAACGAUACAUUGCCAUAUGUUUCCCAUUGAGACACUUGGAAUUCUGUACGCCGAGAAGAGUUAAAUCAGCGAUAGCAGUAAUUUGGAUCAUAGGAUUUUCCCCAAGCAUUGCAGACUUUGUAACCAUCGUGUACUCGGUGGAAGGAAGUUUCUUUUCCAUUGCUGUGAUCUGCGGCCCUCCAAUGUUAACCAUCAGCCCCUUACAAAAAGAGAUACGUUCAUUUGCCCAUUUUUUUAGUUUCAGCCUUGUGGCCUUAAUCAUUUUAUUUACCUAUGUGAAAGUCAUGCUGGUAGCCAGGAGAUUGGGUUCACGGCAAUCAUCUGCCCUCAAGGCUGCAAGGACAGUCUUGCUUCAUGUGUUCCAGCUAAUGCUUUGCAUGGUAUCCUUCAUCUCUACUGUUCUAGAAACAACCAUUCCUGGUUAUAAUUCUGACCUACGCAUUGCUGGUUUUCUAAUAUUUACUUGUUUGCCCAGAUUCCUUAGUCCCUUGAUUUAUGGAAUAAGAGAUGAAGUGUUUCGUAAAUACAUAGGAAAGUUGUACCAUACUGUAGUUUCUCCCUUCCUCGCUUAAUUUAUGAAAUAAAACAUGCAGUGUUAUAUAAAUGCAUAAGAAAACAA